AUGGAAUAGUAAAACCAGUCAAACGAAAAAUCUCAAAUCAUUGGGAUCUUAUAAGUAUUAUUAUAUCAUCUACAGGAACCAAUAUCGAUUGCCUCCUCUGACGACUGUAUUGAGAUGAAACCAUAAGAAUAUAAAGGUUAUAAUUUUACUAUUUAGUGAGCAUUCUAAAACAUAAAUUAAGAAAAAAGUAGCACAAUUAUUCUCUAACAAAAAUUUUAUUUGGAUUUCGAUUUGAUUUAUAAAAAGCUACAUGUUUAACCUGUAAAUAAGUAGGCCAUGUUAAUUGUUGUCAUAUUAAUUUCCAAAUUGAUGAUAUUUAUAAAAAAUGAAUGA